UCGGACCCUGACUCUGUGGGAAGCGGCUCCUGUACUUGUUGCCACGUCGGAGUAGUCCGGGGAUCCGGUUCAUUCAUUUAGAAGAAAAUAAGAAAUACAUUUCAGCAGGGUUUCUGGUUUAGUCGCAGUCAUGGUUUCCGUCAUAAACACAGUGGACACCUCCCACGAGGACAUGAUCCACGAUGCCCAGAUGGACUACUAUGGUACUCGACUCGCCACCUGUUCCUCUGACCGCACCGUAAAGAUCUUCGAUGUCAGAAAUGGAGGCCAGAUACUGGUAGCAGACCUCAGAGGCCAUGAGGGUCCCGUGUGGCAGGUUGCGUGGGCUCACCCAAUGUUCGGCAAUAUUCUGGCCUCCUGCUCCUACGACCGUAAGGUCAUCAUCUGGAAAGAGGAGAACGGAUCCUGGGACAAGAUGUAUGAAUACACCGGACACGAGUCGUCAGUGAACUCAGUCUGCUGGGGUCCUUAUGACUUUGGUCUGAUCCUGGCCUGUGGAAGCUCAGACGGUGCCAUUUCCCUUCUCACAUUCACUGGGGAUCAGCAGUGGGACAUCAAGAAGAUCAGCAACGCACACACUAUCGGCUGUAACGCAGUGAGCUGGGCUCCCGCCGUGGUUCCAGGCAGCCUGAUUGAUCAGCCGUCAGGGCAGAAACCAAACUACGUCAAACGCUUCGUCUCUGGAGGCUGCGACAACCUGGUCAAACUCUGGAAAGAGGAAGACGGUCAGUGGAAGGAGGAUCAGAAGCUGGAGGCUCACAGUGAUUGGGUGAGAGACGUCGGCUGGGCUCCUUCUAUUGGUCUUCCCACCAGCACCAUCGCCAGCUGCUCCCAGGACGGACGUGUGUUUAUCUGGACGUGUGACGACCCCGCAGGAAACACCUGGACGGCCAAACUGCUCCAUAAGUUCAAUGAUGUUGUUUGGCACGUCAGCUGGUCCAUCACUGGAAAUAUACUGGCUGUUUCUGGAGGAGACAACAAGGUGACGCUGUGGAAGGAGUCGAUGGACGGUCAGUGGGCGUGUAUCAGUGACGUCAGUAAGGGCCAGGGAGCCGUCUCCACCAUCACAGACACACAGCAGAGCGAGCAGUGACACACACAUGAACACACACACACACACAUAAAAAUGGCCCCGAUCUUCACAGAUGAAUUAAGUGUAAAUUAACAUGUUGGACAUUUGAACAAACAAACAUUGUCCGCACAGAUUGAGCUUCUUUUGGCAUGUUUUUGUUGGUCAGCUCGGCUGCUUGAUAAUGACAUGAUGAGUUCUGCAGGUGCUGAACACCUGUUUGGUCUGCUGUACAGUUUGUCCAGGGUAGAUGUUCCCAAAGUUUCGCAAAAGGGAGAGAAACCUUCAAAAAUGCAAACAUGACUGAUAAUUACCAUAUUUUUUUAUCAGAUGCACUCCACCGUUUCCUGUUUCUUCCCGAUUUAGAGGUUCCACAUGUACAUAAACACUGCCCCAAAUACAGCUUAGUACACAACUUCACACCUGCCCUCCACCCAUCCCAUGAUGCUCUGCUCCUGAAACAUUCCACCUCCACCAGCAGAGAACAAAACUCUGCCAUCGCCCAGCAGCCUGGGAAGCAGCAGCCCCGUUUCUUUCUACACUUAUUUGCUAAUUUAAAAAAAACUUUGUUUUGAGCAGGAAUGGCCCCAUUGUGCAACAAUAUGUUUUUUAUUAUAUGUCAUUCAUUCGGUGCAAAGCUAGCUUCACUGCUCAGGCGGUAAAAAGAAAUCCUCAUGUUCUCACAGUGAGACAAAAUACUUGACUGCCUGAUUGUCACUUAAUAAUAAUAUAAAAAUAAACAAAGCUUAGCAAAAUAUUGAUGAGUAGACAUUCUUUUCAACAACAGAGGUUAGCUGUCAAUCACUACAAAGUCAAUGGGUGUUUGUACAUUCGGGACUUGCCUUAAUUAAUCAGCCACUGGGCUGCUAUGGCAACCAGAAGUGAAUGAAUCAAUGUGUUGCCAAGACAACCAUGAGUGAGGCAUAAUUGUAAACAGUUUUUGAGUGUUUUCUUUCAGUUGUCCGAUCAGAAACCAUGGAUGUUUUUCAUAUUUGAUGUAAUUAAACUUUAAUGUUUAAA